CGCGGGAGAAGCUCGACCUCACCGCGCCAGCGCGCCGCCCAGCCUUGCCAGCCCCGACGGCCCGGGCUGCGCCCACCCGCCCCUCCGGCUAUCCUGUCCAGAGCCCUGAUAGGCGCGCACCAUGAGUGGUGGCGAAGUGGUCUGCUCGGGAUGGCUCCGCAAGUCCCCGCCGGAGAAAAAGUUGAAGCGUUAUGCAUGGAAGAGAAGGUGGUUCGUGUUACGCAGUGGCCGUUUAACUGGAGAUCCUGAUGUGUUGGAAUAUUACAAAAAUGAUCAUGCCAAGAAGCCUAUUCGUAUUAUUGAUUUAAAUUUAUGUCAGCAAGUGGAUGCUGGAUUGACAUUUAAUAAGAAAGAGUUUGAAAACAGCUACAUUUUCGAUAUCAACACUAUUGACCGGAUUUUCUACUUGGUAGCAGACAGUGAGGAGGAAAUGAAUAAGUGGGUUCGUUGCAUUUGUGACAUCUGUGGGUUUAAUCCUACAGAAGAAGAUCCUGUGAAGCCACCUGGUAGCUCCUUGCAAGCACAAGCUGAUUUGCCCUUACCUAUAAACACAGCACCACCCUCCUCCCAGAUGGACUCCUCCUCCACUCUACCUCCUUCCUAUCAGCUCAUCAGCCUUCCGCCACCACAUGCGGAAACUCUUGGCAUCCAGGAGGAUCCCCAAGACUACCUCUUGCUAAUCAACUGUCAAAGCAAGAAGCCUGAACCCACCAGAACACAUGCCGACUCUGCAAAAUCCACCUCUUCUGAAACAGACUGCAAUGAUAACGUCCCUUCUCACAAAAAUCUACCCUCCUCCCAGAGCAAACAUGGAGUGAAUGGCUUUUUCCAGCAGCAAAUGCUGUAUGACUCUCCCCCAUCACGGGCUGCUUCUGUGUCCAUAGACCCCAACCUUUACAACCUGCCCAGGAGUUACUCUCAUGAUGUGCUACCAAAGGCAUCUCCCUCAAGUACUGAAGCAGAUGGAGAACUCUAUGUUUUUAAUACCCCAUCUGGGACAUCAAGUAUAGAAGCUCAAAUGAGGCAUGUCUCCAUCAGCUAUGACAUUCCUCCAACACCUGGAAAUACUUACCAGGUUCCACGAACAUUUCCUGAUGGCACCUUGGGACAGACAUCUAAGCUAGACACUAUUCCUGAUAUCCCACCACCUCGGCCACCGAAGCCGCAUCCAGCUCAUGACAGAUCUCCUGUGGAAACGUCUGGCCUCCCACGCACGACUUCCGACACCGAUAGUAGCUACUGCAUCCCUACAGCAGGGGUGCCGCCAUCGCGUAGUAAUACCAUUUCCACUGUGGAGCUGAACAAAUUGCGAAAAGAUGCUAGUUCUCAAGACUGCUAUGAUAUCCCACGAACAUUUCCAAGUGAUAGAUCUAGCUCACUUGAAGGCUUCCAUAAUCACUUUAAAAUCAAAAAUGUGAUGGUAGUGGGAAGUGUAUCAAGUGAAGAACUGGAUGAAAAUUACGUUCCAAUGAAUCCCAACUCACCGCCACGACAACAUUCCAGCAGUUUUACAGAACCCAUUCAGGAAGCGAAUUACGUGCCAAUGACUCCAGGGACAUUUGAUUUUUCUUCAUUUGGAAUGCAAGUUCCUCCACCUGCUCAUAUGGGCUUCAGGUCCAGCCCAAAGACCCCUCCCAGAAGGCCAGUUCCCGUGGCAGACUGUGAACCACCGCCAGUAGACAGGAACCUCAAGCCAGACAGGAAAGGUCAAAGCCCUAAAAUUUUAAGACCCAAACCCCAUGGUUUAGAGCGAACUGAUUCACAAACCAUAGGUGACUUUGCUACAAGAAGAAAGGCCAAGCCAGCACCUCUAGAAAUAAAACCUUUGCCGGAGUGGGAGGAGUUGCAGGCCCCAGUUAGAUCUCCCAUCACCAGGAGUUUCGCUCGAGACUCCUCUAGGUUCCCCCUGUCUCCACGACCGGAUUCAGUGCACAGCACAACAUCAAGCAGUGACUCACAUGACAGUGAAGAGAAUUACGUUCCUAUGAACCCAAACCUGUCCAGUGAAGACCAAAGUCUUUUUGGCAGUAACAGUCUUGAUGGAGGAAGCAGUCCUAUGAUCAAGCCCAAAGGAGACAAACAAGUGGAAUACCUAGACCUUGAUUUAGAUUCUGGAAAAUCCACACCACCACGUAAGCAAAAGAGCAGUGGCUCAGGCAGCAGCGUAGCUGAUGAGAGAGUGGAUUACGUGGUGGUUGACCAACAGAAGACGUUGGCUCUGAAGAGCACACGGGAAGCCUGGACAGAUGGAAGGCAGUCCACAGAGUCGGAAACACCCACCAAGAGUGUGAAGUGAAGGCAGUGCCCUGUCAUUUCUGAAGAAGAGAGAACUGCCUUGUACCGAUAAAUCCUGUUGCAAGAUGACAUAACACUUCUACUCUAGGUAGAUCCUUCUAGAAUUGAAGUCAAAGGACCUUUCAGAUAUAAGUAAGCAAUUUUGACUGUAAAUGGUGCUUUGUGGUAUCUGAACAGUUCAUAAUGUGUAAAUAGUAUGGGGAAAUAGUAUUGUUUAGCUCCCAGAGAAGCAUUUGUUCCAUAAUUAACACACUUGUAGUAUUAUUGUAUUUAUGCACUUUUUCAUUUAAAACAUCAAUCUGGGUAUUCCCAAUGUACUUUAACAAAAUUCCUUUGGAAAUUUCUUGUUUUGUUUUUGUUUUGUUUUUUUUCCUCCCCUCCCUCACACUACUCUAUAUAACAAUACUAAGUUAACUAAGUACUUUUUAGAUUUGGAAGUACUAUGGUCUAAUGACAUUAAAACGAGAAGUAGAUAUGCAAGUUAGCUUUCCCUGGAGCUUCAAGUGGCAAUGAUUAGUUUAGAUGACAAAGUAGAGUAGGACUCCUCAUUCAUUGCCUUCCAAAAUGCCGAGGACAAUGCAUGUCAUAUCCUAAUGGUGUCAGGACCUGGUUCUCUAGCUCAUGUACAUUUAGUGUUUAAUGGUGGAACUUUGUUAUAUUUUGCUCAUUACAAAGUUUUUUGUUUGUUUGUUUUUGUUUUGUUUUGUUUUGGUUCAUGGAGUAAAGAUUCUGCCGGGUAGGAUCUUGCACUAUUCAAGGACUAAAUAACACUAUCAUUAAGCCUGCAAAUCAUUGAUGGUGUGCAGUGAAGAUGUACUCUUCCAUUUGUUAACAUGUAUUAAAUGUUGUUUGCAAAAGGUAGAUUAUAUAACUAAUCAGGUACGUGCCAGGCACUGAUGUGCUCAUACACCGAUCAGGUUUAGACCAUGAACUUUGGCUGUGUUCUUCUUCAUCCUAAUAUUGGUUCCCAGUUUGGAAUUAAUGAGACAGUUGACAUUCACUAUUAGCUAUAGCAACAUACUGUGAUUUUUAAUUUGACAGUAAUUCAGAUUUAUUACUCUAUGGAUGAGAUUUUAUCUUCUGACACCACAGUGCCCUUUCUGAUUUUUUUUAACUUACUAUUCUUCUUGGCCUUAUAUUUAAAUCCCUAUGCAAUUAAUAUUUUAUAUCUACCUUUUUUUAAGAAAAAAAAUGUUAUCUAAGUGAUUUUCCUAUGUAGCACCUGUUGCUUUUUUCAUAGAAUUAAAGAUUUUGUACUGUGAUUUGUAUUCACUGCCCCAACUCAAGAAAUAUGAAAUAUUUAAGCCUUGCUAUAAAUAAUGUGAAAUCUUACAGUCAUGGACCUGCUUCCACUUAGAUUUCUGAAACUACCAAAGGAAUAGUAUAAUUCUGUCUCACCUACAACAUAGUCCUGUAAUAUGGAUAUCAAGACCACAAAUUUAGUGAGGCUACAAUUAUAUUCAUCUGCCUUGCCAUUGCAACAUAAUUUAGAAGGCAGGUGUAGUUUGUUCACUAAGUUACUUGCAAUUUCUUAUGUGUUGAUUUGAGACUUACUAACAGUUUUAGAGGGAACAUGCAUAUAGACAGGCUCAUGGCUGAGGCAAGACACCCCUUCCCUCCAUCCCUCCACUGAGAUGCCCAACUGUUGCCUGAGUACACAUAUGUGCCGAUUUCUGGCCCCUGGCCAUAGUACUGUGCCUAAUCAGUGUAAUGGGUUUGUUUCCCCAGUCCACAAACUAAAAGUGUUUAUAACAAGAUGAAUUGUAGACUAGUGACAUUUAAUGCUUUUAAAUGUUUGCUUCUUUUUAAACAAAAGCUGAAGUCCAGAAAUGAAUUUUAAGGUGAAUUUUUAAAUAAAAAAGAUUGUUU